AUGGAUUUCAGAGAAGGCGUGAUCUGUGUCGCACCUGACGACGUCACAUUGGUGGCAGGGGUGCCAGGCGUGGGCGUCCCUGUCUUAGCCCUGAGGAUGAAACCUUAUGUGUUCGUCUCCUUUAGCUGCACUGAGAGCGUCUGCCUGGCCUUUGACCUCACUGUCUUCUACCAAAAUCUCUUUAAAGUCCUCAAGGGUGAUUUACUCCAGCUCUCUGGUAGUGCCAACGCUUAUUGGAUUGACUUUGAUCUCCUUAACUAUUCGGAAAAGCUAGAAACUAGGCAAGUCUUGGCAACUCAAUUUCCCAUGCUUUCAACGCACAUUGGUCGGAUGAAUGUACCUCAGCUCCGAAAUCACUAUCAAGUAGCCGUCGGGAUACCUGCGGAGGACUUUAGGCUUCUUAUCAUGAAGCUGAGCCAGUUCGGGGAGCUAGUUUAUGCAAGCAUAACAGCAACUGCAGUUGAGUUCUCUGUGAGAAAUGAGAAGGUUAUUUUCAAGCAGCCUAAGCAGUGUACUAUUAAGGGUGCUGUGGGGGAAGAUCCAGUUGUCUUGGUGUUCAAUCUGAUUCACUCUGACGCAAUCGUGAAUGCUUCAAUUCUGUCAAACGUGGUGUUGUUGUUUGGCCAGACCCAGACCCAUGGUUUUUCUGUCGCCCUGAAAUUCUUUUUUGGUAGACUUGGUAGCCUCGAGUAUUACUUUCGCUGAAGCCUGAAGGUGAUGAGAAUGG